AUGGUUCAAAUUGAUGCAUCUCUCUCAACCUCUAGCAACAAAAAAAAGAGGUACUGCAUGACAAAUACAAAACACAAGACAUUCAUGAUAAAGAAGAAGCAGAGGCAAAAUAGGCCUAUUCCUAACUGGAUCCGCAUGCGCACUGACAACACCAUCCGCUACAACGCCAAGCGCAGGCACUGGCGCCGCACCAAGCUAGGAUUCUAACGACUCAACUAUUAAGAGUUUCGGUUUAAUUUUCAGAAUUAGGUCUUCAAUUUUGGAAAUUGCAUGUUUUCUACUUAAUUUAAAAGUGGAAAUCAAAUUUAGUUUAUCUGCAUUCUUUUCGUUGUUAUUACUUUGGUGAUAUGCUACAGUUUUGCAAUGUUAGUACUUUAAUUUUGGUGAUAACUUGCGUGUUUUUUUACUUUCCUAGUUGAGUUGUAGGAUUUGUUUUCAUAACCAGAGUCCGCAAGAAAUCUCAAAGAAAUGCUUGUUUGAUGCCAUUGGUAUAAA